GUCAGCUGCAGCUUGCAAGCAGAAAGAAAAAGAGGGGACCUCCUUGUCAGCUCCCAAGGGCAUCACCAAAGGGUCUUCCAAAUGAAAGAGCGAGGGGAAGGACAACUGUCCACUCAAAAAAGGACCGGCCCUCCCUACAAGUGACAAACCAAUGAAGUCGUCGCCUCCCAAGCCUAACCACGGAGCAAGCAAGAGUUUAAUGACGAUGACUAGUCCCGUCACUCAGGGAACCAUCCGUCGACUUCUCACGCAUAAGGAACACGCUGUUGAGAUGGUUAAGUCAAUCAUCAAGGACACAAACUUGGAUCCUUGUGCCGAGCAGACAACAGAAGAGUUGGGAGCAUCGGAUCUUUUUGACCUUUCUAGGGCGUUGGUGCGUGUGAAGGCGCUUCAAGAUAGGAGCGUCGCUCAGGAAAGGGUGAUCAGCCUUUUACCCAAGCGUAAUAAGAACCUGACCAAUGAGUAAGAGCAAUACAAG